UGGCGACUGCGAAACUGGGUGAAGUCGGUCAUAUGAGGAUUUACCUGUUACAGGUGAUUUAGCAAGCUCUCCCUUGGGAGUUGCUUUCAGCUGGUUUUGCUUGAGUAAAUUUAUCGAGGUUGGUGAAAUAAAGUAAACGCAAGCGUGACAGCACAACAGAAGGAAGUCGGCCUCUAACUGCACCUUCCCUACCUGUUCCUGAUGCCGAAAACGGAUAGCUGGCCAAUGAACGGCAUCACCAGAUUGAGUGGCACAGGUAGUUGUGACAGUAUGGCCAGCCUUGGCUCAAGCCAGUCCACCAUGAGUAAUGACAGCUUGGAGUAUCUGUCUCCUGAGGAGAGAGCGUGCCUUAUGUUUUUAGAGGAAACCAUUGACUCCUUGGAUACAGAGUCGGACAGUGGAUUAUCAAAUAGUGAGAGCGAUGGAGUUGACUUAGGAAGGAGCAAAUUUAAGGAUGUUUAUGGAAAUAGUCACACAGCAGCAUCACCCCGGGGAAGCAGAAGCAGUCUCCAGUCUAAUUUAUUGGUGCCUGGGAAGAAAGCUGAUGCAGUAAGCACCAGGGGUACGUCCUCUUCUAAAAUACUUCCAACUUCCAGUGAAUUAACUGAAAGGGACCAUUCUCCAGGUGGAAAACCAAAAGUCCCUGCUCGAGAGUUAAGUCGUAAUGCAUUGAAUGUGUCAGAUGUUAUACCACCACCACCACCACCACCAUUUUUUAGAGAUAAUGUGGAGAAAGCAGUGAUAAAUGAAAAUAUUCAGAGGUCGCUUUUUUCCAGAGAGCUGCAACAAAAACCCCAAGAGAUUUCAAAUGUUUCUUUCAACAAAAAUGAAGCCUUGGCAAAGCGGACCAGUGUUGCUUCCAGCCAACCUUUGACUUUAGAAGGACUAAAUAGACUAAGGGAGCGAGCAAGUAUCAAGAAAGCUCCCCUAAAUCCAGCAGAAAUAAACAAAGUCCUCCCCACUCAAAACGUAACUGUAUCUACUCAGUCUUCAGACCUCCGUGUAAAGGAAUCUGUGGCUCCUACUUCUAUUGCUUCAGUUGCUCCUCAUAAAAAGGAAGAAGCCAGUGAACCUCAGACAAGGAGCGCCCCACCUACUGCUCCAAAGCCAAAGAAAUUCCCUCCAAAUAUACAGUUAAAUACAUCAAUAGGAACUGGACAUUUAUCAAACCAUGAAAUCCACAGCAGGGCAUGGAAAGAGCAAACUAGCCCAAAUCUAGCAUCCCCAACUGAGGGUAUUCCAAAACCAUUAGCUACUAGUGACCCACAAAAAUCAAGAAUUGAAGCCCUAAAGAAACUUGGAUUACUUAAACAGCACUCUGAUUCAGAGCUGAAAGCAGAGUUUGGCCACCCUCUGAAACAUCACAGGUCAAUGGAGGCUUUACCUGUUGGACAGAUAUCUCUUGGAGACUUUCCAAAGCCCAAGCCAUUGCCUGAAGGCCGUGUAGACAAUGCAGAGACAGAGUUCUCACAUAGUCGCAGUAUGCGCCCUCGCUCAGGAACAGACCUGCGUACAAUCAAACAAGAAAACAUUUUUUUCAGCAAGUCUGCAAACUUCAAAUCUGUAACCCUGGAACGCUCAGGAAUGGGUCUGGCCAGCUACAUGGCUAAUAAAGCGAACCAGACCAACCCUCCUAAAACUGACUCAACUGCUGCCAAACCUGUUUCAGACACUUCAUUGCAAAGCUCCCUCCGGAACACCAGACCUCGCCCAGCCUCCCUUGGAAAUGGAAAGGAUUUUGACCUUCAGGAUGGGGACAUACAAAAAGAAGAGAUGAAGUUGAACUCAAAAAUAGUAAGGAAAUCUUAUCCUGCUCCACGAGUCCCUGAAAAGACGCAGCAUUUUCUGAAUAACAGUAUCCAGAUCACGCCAAGAACUUCAACAGAAGAGGAUAGGAAGGUAGCUCUGAGAAAGCUUGGGUUGUUGAAAGACUGAGAGAUUUCUGUAAAAUUGGAAUUGUAUUUAUUGUAAAGUAGCCAAAAUUUAAAUAAAUCACUAUUUUAAUAAAAGUACUUUCAAGGACCAAAGAAAUAUGGUAUAUACCACCUGAAGGAUAAUGUAAAUCUUAAUUCCACAAAAAGUGAACUUCACCAUUUUGGUUUGACUAUUUUGAAGGGGUAACCAGCAUGUCAUGACUGAGCUGUUGGAAUUCUGCUGCUAGUGGAUUACAGUAACGUGAAGAAACAUGCUGAGUAGAAGCAAUUGGGUUACUUUUUGUUUUUUGUUCUGAAACUCUGUGUUCCAACUGUUGGAAAAUGUGACAAUUUCAAGUUUAGUUGAACAGCUAGAUUUUACAUUUUGUAUGUCAUUAUACCCUCUUACUCCUCCUUGGUUGUACGUGAAAAGAUGUAAAUUGACAACCCUUUGAUUGGGGGUGGGGGGGGGUGGAAUCAACAGCAUUUGUCCCUUUUCUUGUAUAUUUGUUUUGCAAUUUUUAAAUGUGUAUUUUUCCAGUACUUUGCUUUGAAUAUUUUCCACACUUUUAAUAAAGCAAGGUUUUUCUUGACAUUUAUCACAGAAGCACAUCUACUAGUUUAACAUUACAGGGGUUAAUAUGAUUUUUAAUGGCACCUGCAAUAAAACAAUGUGACUUUCAUGACUGUAAAAUAUAAUCAAUAUUGUAAAGCUAAGAGCUGUAAUGAAAUACCCCUGCUGUAAAAUAUAAUCUGUAUUGUAAAGUUAAUAGGUAUAGCUUUAAUUACCUCACUCUCUUUUGGAUGCUGUUUUCAGGUAAUGAUAUAAUAGACAUUCUAGCGUCUUUUAGAUUCAUUCAUGUUUUCCUGAAAUUUCAAAAAUGUACUGUAUGUGAAAUAGUGGGCAAACAUACUGCUUAUAAAAUACUGAGCAUUUAAAAAAUAGCACAACUGCAGCCUUUAAAUCAUGUCUCUGUGGUUUGAGAUUUUUCACUGAUCACCUCUUCAUGUUUUGGCUGACUAUUUUGGGAAUGAGACGUACAGUGCAACUGCUUCUCUGCCCGUUUUUUUGCAUAAUGGACACCACUAUUUCUCGCCUUU